ACUUCCGUUGGGCUAUCAACAGAGGCCAAUACAAGAUCUUCUUGGCUAUCCAAAUCAAGAACCGAGAUUUGCUUAGAUUAAUGCAAAAAAAAAGUGUAAAGUUUGAUACUUUAGUUAUCUAUGUAAGAUCCAGUGACAUAAUUCAGAUUACAAAGCUGUAAAAUUUUCGGAGUUUGAAAUGAUGUAUAGCAGUGGCAGUAAAGGAUUGAACAAUAGAGUAUCUUCUACUGCACUUUAUGGAUCAAGAAUUUCACUUCUAUUGCUCUCAAUGUUUGCAACUUUCUCUGCAAUUUAUGUGGCUGGCAGAUUGUGGCAGGAUACAGAGACCAGAGUUUAUUUGAUUAAAGAACUUGAUAAAAUAACUGGCCAGGGACGAGCUGCUAUUUCGGUGGACGAUACAUUGAAGAUAAUUUCAUGCAGGGAGCAACAAAAGAAGUUAUCAGCUAUUGAGAUGGAAUUGGCUGCAGCUAAACAAGAGGGUUUUAGUUCAAGCAUAUUAACAGAGAAAGAUAGUAAAAAUUCAAAGAAAAGACAUCUAGCAGUCAUAGGAAUAUUUACAACAUUUGGCAGAAAGAACAACAGGAACGCUAUCCGUAAAGCAUGGAUGGGAACUGGUACGGCAUUGAAGAAAUUGGAGAAUGAAAAAGGCAUAGUUGUUCGUUUCAUUGUUGGAAGAAGUGCCAAUCGUGGAGACAGUUCAGACAGGGCAAUUGAUGAUGAAAAUAGACAAGCCAAUGACUUCAUUAUUCUUGAUAACCAUGUUGAGGCUGUUGAGGAGUUCCCGAAGAAAGCUAAAUUAUUCUUUGCUCAUGUUGUGGAUAAAUGGGAUGCCGAAUUCUAUGUGAAAGUCAAUGACAAUGUAUAUGUUAAUAUUGAUGCUCUUGGAACAACAUUAGCAGCUCACCUGAACAAGCCACGUGUUUACAUUGGUUGUAUGAAGUCGGGCGAAGUUUUCUCUGAACCAAGUCGUAAAUGGUAUGAACCAGAUUGGUGGAAGUUUGGUGAUAAGAAAUCGUACUUUCGCCAUGCUUCCGGCGAGAUGUAUGUCAUAUCGCAAGCUUUAGCAAAAUUCGUAUCGAUAAACAGAGAUAUUCUUCGCACUUACGGGCAUGAUGACGUUAGUGCCGGAUCCUGGUUUAUUGGGCUUGAUGUCAAACAUGUAGAUGAAGGGAAGCUUUGCUGCUCAUCCUGGUCAUCAGGUGCUAUUUGUGCUGGUGUUUAACUUCGAUUUGGUUCAAUAUCCUGUGAAGCAAAUCAAGUAUCGGCCGAUUCGGGAAUUUCAUCAGUUGAUUUACCCUUUUAGAAAAUUAAAUUAGUUAUAUUGAAAAUACCACAGAUAGGAAAGUUUAAGAAUUAUAUGAAAAUGGAUCAUCUUUAGCAGUCCACAAUAGCAAGAUUCUGUUUUUGUGCUGCAAUCAAUGUAAAUUUAGUUGAUUCUUUUAUUUGUGAUCAUUUUGUAACUAAACUAUAAUUUGUAAGGGUUCUGCGUAACACAUGUGUAAUGCCAUCAAUUUGGAAUAGCUAUAACAAAGUUCGGAUUAAAAAUAUUGUCGAAAUUAA